UUGUGUUGUCUCAUGCACAGUGCUUUAUUAAUAACCCUGGUUAAUUGUAUGAAGUCCUUGCCCUGCCAUGGAGCCGAGAGGCGGUGGAGCAGAAGGGAACGGGCUUUGUCCCCCCGCCCAGCCCGGGGGCGGUGCGGCACGGCCGGAGCUCCCACCGGCACAGCCCUCGCUCCUCAUCCGGUGCCGGUGCGAGGCAGAGCCAUCAUCCCGCGGGCUCGCAGGCUCCCGCUGCCAUGCGGGGCCCGCUGCUCUGGGCGGGCUGGCUGCUGGCCACCGGCUGCCUGGUGGGUGCCACGAGCAGCUGCCGGCACCGGUGCUGCCCCGGCAGGAACAACGCCUGCUGGGCCCCCGGUGCCCGCCGCGCUCGCUGCUACUGCGACUCGUACUGCCAGAGGACGGGGGACUGCUGCCAGGACUACCUGGCCACGUGCCGCCGUGCCGGUGAGUGGCGAUGGGGAUGGCACUGGCCAGACCGCGGCUGGGGACACCAGCCUGUGCUGCUGUGCUCGGUGGCGAGUGUUUGCUGUUACCUGUUAGCCCCGUGCUUCGAGUGAUGACAGGAUGUGUCAGGGGCUGCCGGCUGGGCUGGGUAUGUAGCAGUGUCCCAGUUGUCCCCUUUUUUCCAUGCCGAAUGUCUGGCUGGCCCCGGUGCAAUGAGGGAGCCCGUGGCCUCUGGUCUGCAGGUGAUGGUAGCGCAGUCACUGCAAGCCUGAGCGGUCAGUGUGGGACCCAGCAGCACAAGCCCCGAUGUCACAGUCUGUGCCUUGUACAGGGACGGGGAACCGGGGGCUGCUCUGAGGGUGCCAAACAGGACUCAUGGGCUUGGGGAGUGCAGAACCAGCCUGCUCUGGGGACCCAGAUCUGGUCAGGCGCUGGCCACGGCCCCCUGGACAAUUGCAGCAGUCAGCUCUUCCUAAUCUCCGGGGAGAUUAGCAGGGUCCCAGCUCAGCGCGAUGCACACAGGGAUGAAGUCCUGCGGAAGCAGCUCACAAUGCCCCUGCACUGGCAGGGGUCAGGGGAAAGGGGCUGCUGGGGUCACUCUGCCCUUGCCCUUCCUUCCCUCUCCCGUCCCCCGUGCUGCAUCUCCCCUGCUCUUUCCAUUGUUCGUGACACUGAAACUCUUUCUUUUCCCUCUCCUCCGUCCCUGGCAGCAGUGGGCUGUGCUGUGGGGCCCUGGGGGCCGUGGAGCGGGUGCAGCUCCCCGUGCGGGGUUGGCAGCAGGGCCCGCAGCCGCCAGGUCACUGUGCCGCCCCGGCACGGCGGGGAUCCCUGUCCUGACCUCAAGCAGCGCCGCGGCUGCCUGGGGCAGCACCCGGCCUGCGGCACGGCCAAAGCUUCUCUUCUGCCAGAGGUAGCCAAGAUCCUCCCCAACUUCUUCAGCCAGGACUUCAGAGAUCCCUGGCGAAGAGCUGGGCUGCCACUGCUGGAGGAGCCCUCUGGGUAUGUGCGCAGUCGGGGCCCCUCUGUAACCACGAACAACCCCAACUCUGUCCCCAAAGCCGGGACCCCUCCUGCACCCCCGUUGCAGUCAUGGCCCCUCUGCACCCCCCAGACCCAGGGCCUUUUUGCUUCCCACAGCCAUUACUUUUCUCCCCGUCCCAAACCAUGGCCCCCAUACAUAACCAUGGCCCUUCGUAUAUCCCACAGAACCAUCAUCCUUCCCACCCUCCAAACCAGGAUCCCUCUGCACCCCCCCAGAGCCAUUACCCUUCUCACCUCCCCAACCAAGGCCUCUCUACCAGCCCCCAAACCCACAUCCUCUUUAUACUCAAAUCCAUCAAAAAAACCCCCACAAGCUCUGCCCUACUGCCUGCCCACCAUUUUCCCUCUUUUCUCCUCCCAUUUUCCCCCCUCCCCAGCUCCCCCCUCCCCAGCUACUGCGGCUAUUUCCGCCUGACACAGGUGGGACCCCCGUGCCGCGGGCGAGCCUGGAGCCGCCGGCUGCACCGGGACAAGCAGGUGUGUGUGGAGUG